ACCACCAUGGUUAUUUGAGAUUCAUAACCGCCGCGAAGCCUGGAGCUUAUUCUACAUACAGAUUCCAAUAGCGCUUCUGCUCUUUGACUUUGUGAAGAAUACCUCCUCUUCCUUAGAGUACCAAAUAGCUCCCCGCUCAGGCUGAUUGGACAGUCACGAACUCUAUUCAUCAUGAUCCGUCCAGAAGAUAGAUUCUGGGUCUGUAGUGAGAGUGUUACUGGAGACUUGCACGCCGGCACCGUCAUUGAUUGGGAUCAACGUCGAUGGUAUACUAUCAAUGGCUCAAUAAAGUUCAUCCCCCCCGAGGAGGAUAAGGAUAUUGAUGUGCUGAAGCGCUACAUUGAUCAUCUUGCUCCAAGUGUUUACUCGAUCACCGUGGAUGAUGACGGUUUGCUCACCUCAGUUUCAUCAGCUCCUGAAGAUGACCCCCUCUUGACUAUCCAUUACCCACGCUACGCCAAGUCUCCAUCCCUACAAUCUUGUUCUACUAUCGAGAUUUCUCGACUCGCCGAGUUAGAUCGACUCGGGCCCGGCGUUGACUUGGUAAGCUAUUCCGAUAGCGACAAACCCGAAGCGCAAAGAAAGGUCGUCUUCAAAUACAGCAUGAUUUUCCAGAGGCGGACAAAAAUAUGGCACGAACUGCAUAUCACAAAAAGCCUUCCUGCUCACCCGAAUCUGGUUCCGUUUGACCGCGUCGUCGUCGAUGAUGUUGAGUCCCGCGUCCUCGGUUUUACAACAGCUUACGUUCCUGGCGGUUGUUUGGAUGAUAAUAAGAGUCGUAUAUUUCGAUUAGAGUACUUUCAACAACUUACCUCCGUAGUUGACUAUCUCAACUUGGAGCUGGGUAUCAUUCACCAGGAUGUGGCAGCACGAAACAUUCUACUCGACUCCAAGACACAAAAUAUACUGCUCUUUGAUUUUGACCGAGCCGCCCCAGUCGGUCAUCCUUGGUGUGUUCCUCAGAGGAAUGACGUCGCCGGUGUCAUAUUUACGUUGUACGAGAUUAUCACGCAGGACGAACACUAUCGCCAUGUGCCAUUUCAGGAGCAAAACCCAGAGUCAGUACAAAGUCUCGAGGAAUGGCCAGUGAAAUGCAAGUUGGAUAACGAUGUCGCACUCUUUCGCAAGCAUCUGAAUGAAUGGGUUCAACGCCGCAAGGCAAUUUGCGAUGUUGCUCCCUUUGUACCUGAACCCAAGCCAUUCGACAUACCUACGAUACCCCCACCUUCGCCAGUCAUUACAGGCCACGGAGAAGACGGAGCGCCAAUCGUCGAACGUGGCAGAAUUAUGAGGACGAGACGGAGCUUGAGAGAUCGUAAUCAAAAUAUCAUCUCCUGGGAACGCCCUCCGCAACAGCCUACAUGUCCCCUUCCAAACGGGACUAAACGAAAACGCUCCUGCUCAAGUUCUCUCGAAGCGCAAGAUGACCGUCAUCUUUCACUAUCGACGCCCGAAAAUACUCAAGAUCGCACGUGUGGCAAUGGAAUCAAGGCGCCCUAGAUGUUGCAUUUCGCGGCGUAACAGAGAGUUUUGUUGUAAAAAGCAACAGAAUGUUGUAGAGAUGUUUUAUGAUAGCACAGUGUACGGGUACACGCAGACCCCGGAACUUCAAACAUGCAUGAAACUCUUUUUUUGGAUUAUUCAUCACCCAUUUUUUCCGUUAGAAAUUUCAGGAUACAAUUUACCAUCAACAUAAAAUUUUACAUGGACCGUCAGCGAAUGAUGGGGUGAAUGAGGCAUCGUAUUGUACUUCACAGGUCAUUUCACUCUGUCUAGUCUGUAGCACCAUGAGUGGUUUUUCCUUCAAAAGCCCUCUUUGUAUUAUUUUCAAUUCGCAAUUAGGACGUGAUGGUAC